CGCAUUUGCUGGUAGAUCGCUUAUCGGAGAUCUCAAAGUCCGCCUCUCUCCCGUGCGAUCUACCUCUCGUCGGACCUGACAUGGAUGUUAAGCUGGGAUAUGUUUUGUUUUUUGUUUUAUUGCGGUUACAACACACGAACGGUUUAUAUCUCACCAAUACAAAAGAGUCCCUCCAGCGUACGCUCAGGGAGUACAGCCUGGUGUAUCCGGUCAGCACGGAUGUCCAUGGGCGCUUCCUGGUGCACGCUGUCUCAGCCGACCAGCUCCGGGAGCAGCUGCCUGCGGUUGCCCAGCAACGGCGACGCAGGAGGCGCGAGGCCACGGAGGAGGAGGGGGGUCACCACGCGGCCGACCCCCCUGCCGGGCACGCGUCGAUGGAGACGCUCUUCUACAACGUGACCGUGUUCGGACGCGAACUCCACAUGCAGCUGCGCCUCAACUCGCGCCUGGUCGCCCCGGGGGCCACUGUGGAGUGGCGCGACGACGAGAACGCUGCCAACGGGACACGCUACGAGCCACUUCUGCCCAGCGACUGCUUUUACGUGGGGCACGUCACAAAUCUGCCCGACACAUCAGUGGCCAUCAGCAAUUGUGAUGGCUUGGCGGGGAUGAUCCGUGAUGGGCAGGAGGAGUAUUUCAUUGAGCCGCUGGAGAGAGGACGUUCGCUGACUGGAGAGGAACACGGAGGUCCUGGCCGCCAUCAUAUCGUGUACCGCGCCUCUGACAUCAACAGGCCGGAGGUUACUCCCGUAGCCAACUCUCACUCCGCAGGCCCUGACCUGAGUGGCGUGGGCGACCUGGAAGUGCUUUCCCGUGGCCUCCGCGAGCAGGUGAAUAAGACCAGGCGUGUGCGCCGGGCCGUGGAGGACGAAGUGUUCAACAUCGAAGUGCUCUUAACCGCUGACUUCUCCGUAGUCGAGUUCCACGGCAGGGAACACAUCCAGAAGUAUCUGCUGACCCUCAUGAACAUCCACUGCUUCAAAGGGCAUUGCAUCACUCUGACGCCAGACAUCUUGAGGCAGGAUGGGAGCUGGGGUCAGUGGAGCAAAUUUGGCUCGUGCUCACGCACCUGUGGGGGUGGCGUGCGAUUCCGCACUCGGCAGUGUGACAACCCGAUCCCUGCAAACGGAGGACGCACCUGCUAUGGCAACAGCUAUGAGUUUCAGCUUUGCAGCAUGGAUGGGUGCGCCAAAGCCUUCGCCGACUUCAGAGAGGAGCAGUGCAAGAUGUGGGACCUCUACUUCAAGCACCAGAACACCCUGCACAACUGGCUACCGUACGAGCACCCCGACCCGGACGAGCGAUGCCAGCUGUACUGUCAGUCAAACGAGACCGGAGACGUGGUCCCGAUGAAGAGAAUGGUGCAUGAUGGGACUCGUUGCUCCUACAAGGAUCCCUACAGCAUCUGUGUGCGAGGAGAAUGUGAGAAAGUGGGCUGUGAUAAUAUCAUCGCCUCGGAGAUGGAGGAAGAUAAAUGUGGAGUGUGUGGAGGGGACAACUCCACCUGUAAGAUUGUUAAAGGCAACUUCACCCGGAGCACCAAGAAAGAGGGUUUCCUCAAGAUCCUGGAAAUCCCCCUGGGGGCCAGGCAUCUGCUGAUCCGAGAGUUCAAGGGGACCCCUCAUAUACUAGCGGUAAAGAAUCAGGCCACAGGGGAUAUCUUCCUGAACAACGACGACGACUUCCCUGAGACUCGGACUGUCAUAGAGAAAGGAGUGGAAUGGGAGUAUCGGAAUAAUGAUGACAUGGAAAUAGUGCAGACUUCAGGGCCUCUGAAAUACGCCGUCCUCAUAAUGGUUCGAUCAUAUGGUGUUUCCAAAGUCACUCUUUCGUACAAGUACAUCCUUCAUGAAGGGCUCCAGUCGUCCAUCGAGAACAACCUUCUCCUGGAGGACACGGCCUACUUUGAGUGGGCACUCAGGAAGUGGUCCCACUGCUCCAAACCCUGCGGUGGAGGCAAGCAGUACACGCGCUUCGGCUGCAGGAGAAAAGCAGACGGCAAGAUGGUCCACCGCACCUACUGUUCCAAUAUUCCCAAGCCCCGCGCCAUCGGCAGAGCAUGCAAUGUGAAGGAGUGUUCCCAACCAAUCUGGGAGAGUGGCGAGUGGGAGGAGUGCAGCCGGACGUGUGGAAAGACGGGCUACCAGGUGCGCAGCGUCCGCUGUGUGCAGCCCCAGGCUGACGGCUCGCGCCGCUUCAUCCACAGCAAGUUCUGCAAUGACGACCGGCCUGAGAGUAGACAGCCCUGCAACCGGCAGCUCUGCCCAGCGCAGUGGAGGGCUGGACCCUGGUCCCUGUGUUCAGUGACCUGCGGGAAUGGGACGCAGGAGAGGCAGGUCCAGUGUAAUGAGGUGGUCAACGCAGAGGGCCAGUGCUUGGAUCCCAAACCAGACACCAUCCGACCCUGUCCUCCCGUCCCCUGCCCCAAUCACACAAGAAACUUCAUAAUCCAGUGGCUCUCCAGACCUGACCCGAAGGUUUCUGCGCCCAAGACCUCCUCAAGGCAGCCCUGUAAGGGGGACAAGUCUGUCUUCUGUCGGAUGGAGAUGCUGAGCAAGUACUGCUCCAAUCAAGUGUACAAGCAGAUGUGCUGCAAGGCCUGCAACGAGGCCAACUACACCACCACCAACUGGACCAGGCCAACAACCACCACCACGCCAGUUCCGCAGACCAGCCCGCACACCACGUCCACCUUUCCGGCCUACGCGGAGGAUUAUUUUGAUCCCACUGAAGACUAUUUCCCCGAGGUCCCCAUCACCAGUGCCCACAGGACCACAGUGAGCGCCACUGACCUCUUCAGUACAGAGGUGCACACUACGCCGAGCCCUACAACCACUUAUGAGGAGACUACAUUUCCCAUCAGCACCGACACCGAAUGGGAUCCCGAAUGGGACUGCACCACUCCAGGGCCAAGAACGACUUCCUCAGCUCCCAGGUCCUACGUCCCCACAUCCUGGUUGGAUGUGGUCAGGUCCUGGAGUCCUACCACUAAGCCUGUACCUGUCACUGUCGAGUCCAGAGGCGACUCAAUCCCGCACCCUCACAAAAAUACCAGAUUGUUGGUCACAAGCGCACCCCCCACCACCCCUAUGCCCCCGAAAGCAGAGGAUAGGAGAGACAAUAACUCUGUCGACGUGUCGUACAAGAUUGUUGACGUCGACAACGAGGUCUCUCCGAAUGUCUUUCUUCUCAGGAAACGACCUCACCCAUCCCAAGAGAGAACACAUAAUAAACGGAUUCAGCAGCUUCUGGCAGAGAAAAGGAGACAGGACUUGUUCAAACGAUUGAGAAGGAGACCAGUGGUACAAUAGAUGUUUGCCAUUUUAUCACUUAGAGACUUUUUUUUCCAAAUUGUAGUCAUCGUGUCAAGAUCACAUUUCAGCUCUUUUGAGAAGAUCCGUCGAGUCUUAUGGCUACUGUUGUUCGUUAGCCAACCGCUGGCCCAGCUAAAUCUAAUGACUGCAACGUGGUUGAAUUGAACAAGUUUUCAUUGAUAAUAAAGACAUGUUCACAUUAACAUUUACAGGUUAACAAUGUUUGAAGGGGAAAGCCAGCUUGCAAAUUUUGCACUUUUUUUACCUUUUUUACGGAUAUUUUGAAAUAUGCAACAACCCAUUCAGUCAGAAAGAGUAGUAAGAUUGUACAUGUUACUUAAAUUUUGACAGCACUAUACAGUCUAGUAAACACACAAUGCUCAUACAUAUAGUCUAGACACAGUGAAACACAUUUUGUCUCAUGUUGUUUUCAUUCAAUCCAAAAAGUUAAAUGUCCUAUGAUAGCUUUUUAUAAGCAAGGCUGCUUAUAUCCUGAAAAACCCCAAAUCUUUGCUAUUGCACCCUGUGGAAUGUUCUUUGCACAUCUUUCUUUGCUGCUUCUUGAUUAUAGUGUAAGUAGCUCAUCUGUGGUCUUGAGUUUUAUACUCUGGCAAAAAUCAGGUCCUCAUGAAAAUAUUGUAUUUGUUGACCAAAAUGUUCCCAAACACUGAGACAAUCUCCAAGCAACCCAAAAUGUGGUAUUAAUAAUUAAUUAGUUCACAAUGUUUAACAUCUUUUGUAAAAACGACUUGCCAUUGUUGACUUUGUACAUAUGGUUUAGAUUUUUAUUUUUAUAUUUAUUGAACUGUCUUUUGCGUUAUUUUCCCAUUAUCACUGCAGCUUACCUCAGAGUUUCCACUUUUGCUAUGAAACAGCGGAUUGCUUGAUACUUUUACUAUAUGCAGGUGCUUGCAGCAUGGGCAGCAUUUCAGCGCACCUACUGAGAGCAACAGACCAGAGCCCGAGACAAGUAUCUUUCACAGUACUCACGCCCUCUCUUAAAACAACAAAGAAGUGACUUUUUUAUAUUAAUUUAAUAAAUUUGCAAUUGAAAUAA